AUGGCAUCCACAAAGAAAGAGAUUUGCAUUGCCGUUAUCGGCGCUGGAGGCGUUGGCUCCAUCUUUGUUGAGCAGCUUGCAUGGCUUGCGAAGAAUGAAAAAACCACUCGUCUUAAGCUAUGCUACAUUGCGGAUAUCGAUCGAGCUUUAUAUCAUGACGAUUAUUCCGAACUGGACAUUGGCUUGGCUCUCGAGACUUUGCAAAAACGAGGCCGUGAUCCCCCCUCCCUGGACAAGAUUAUCGACUACCUAUCCGGAGCGCCUCACAAGGUCAUCGUGGCAGACAAUACAAGCUCCCAAGCAGUAGCUUCAGCUUAUCCCUCCUUCCUUAGACGUGGCAUAAGCAUCAUCACCCCUAACAAGAAGGCUUUCUCUGGAGACUAUAAGUUAUGGGGAGAGAUUUUUGACGCAACUACACCUACUGGCCCCUUCGUCUAUCACGAAUCUUCCGUCGGUGCUGGCAUGCCUAUCAUCUCAACCAUCAAUGACCUUGUCAACACUGGCGACCAAGUGACUCGAAUUGAAGGAGUCUUUAGUGGCACACUAUCUUUUCUAUUUAACUCGUUUGCCCCCACCUCUGGAAACGGUGGGACAUGGUCAGCUGAAGUUAUCAAGGCCAAAGAGCUUGGUUACACUGAACCUGAUCCUCGGGAUGACCUUAACGGCCUCGACGUGGCUCGUAAAAUCACCAUCUUAGGGCGGCUGGCUGGCGUGCCUAUUGAGUCCCCUGCGGCAUUUCCAGUCCAGAGCUUGAUUCCGCAGGAACUAGAGGGCAUCGCCAAUGCCUCGGAGUUCCUAAAACGUCUUCCCGAGUUUGAUUCGGUUAUGGAAGAGCAUAAAAAGGUCGCUGAAAAGGCUGGGAAGGUUAUUCGUUACAUUGGUAGCGUCGACGUGACAACUGGACAAGCCAAAGUUGGCCUUGAGUUAUUCGAACCUACUCAUCCAAUUGCUACGCUUCGAGGUAGCGACAACAUAAUUAGUUUCUACACUAAACGUUAUGGAAAGAUGCCGUUGACGAUUAGAGGUGCUGGUGCUGGAGGCCAGGUUACUGCAAUGGGUGUCACAGGGGAUCUGUUGAAGAUUAUUUCGCAGAUGUAG